AUGAAAAAUAAAAUAAGGAGAAUUGAACAUUUGUGUGGUAUUGAAUAUAUAUCAGAAAAAAAGGAAAAAAGAAAAUUUGUAUUUUUUGUAUUAUUUAUUUUUUCUUUAUAUUAUAUGUAUUACAUAUAUACGGCACAUAAGCAAGGAUAUUUAACUAUUGAUGAAUUUCAAAUAUUGCUGUUUUUUUUAUAUAUAUUGCUUAUUAUUACUUAUCUUAAUAAUUAUUCUAUUGAAAAGUUACUUUUAAUAAAUAACAUUGGAAUACAAAUUGAAAAGGAAAAUUUAUUUAAACAUCAUUUGAAGUUUAUUUGUGCAAAUGACAUCAAAAGUGUAUUUAUUAAUGAAGUUAUUUAUAUAUUUGAAAUAUCUCCCUAUUUAUGUUUAACUCUAAAGAAUAAUAAUUUGAUAGUUGUUUUUGAGGAUUUUAAUUUAGAAAUGAAAAAUUUGGUGAAUAUUUAUAGAGAUAUUAAAAAGACAUUCUUUUUUGAUGAUUACAAAAAACUGACAAAUGUAAAAGCAGAAUUUAUUAAAAAUGAAGAAGAAUCUAUAACACAUAAUGACACAUAUUCAGCAAAAAAUAAUUCUUCAAGUGAAGAAAAUAUUUUUAAAAUGCUAAAUAUUACCUCUUGUGAAAACUUUAAAAUAAAUAAUCAAAUUAAUUUCUCCCCUAAAAAAAAGACUUUUGAUAUUUAUAUAAAUAAAAAAUUAGCUUUAGAAAUAAUGAAUAACUAA